GUGGUCGGAAUCGGGGGGGGGGGGGAGGGAAAUGGUGGCCGGAAUCUGGGUUUGGGGUCGGUGGCUGGGCUGCCGGAAUCUGGGUUUGGGGUUUUUUUUUAUUUAAAAAAAAUUUAUUUUUUUAUUUAAAAAAAUUUAUUUUUUUUAUUUUUUUGACCAAUCAUAAGCUGACACAUGUCUAGUACUUAUAAUAGCAAGUUAUAUCACCGGUUGGGACCAGUUAAAGUGGAAGAGGUGUAAAGGUAUUAUUAUUAUAAAUAAGUAAAUAAUUCAAAGGUGGGAUAAUUUUUUCUUAAAUAAAUUGUGAAAAUGACAAUUACAUAUUAUUACUCGUAUCAUUUUCCAAAAUAAAAAUUUGUGAGAAAAAACAUCAAAAGAAAAAAAAAAACAAAAAACAAAAGGUGACGAAAUGAUACGGAGGGAGUUAAAUGUUUGAGUAGUACUCCGUGUUCCAUACCCAAGUGUGUGCAGGCUACCUGGCUAUUUGUCUUCUCUCUCACUUUCUCAGUUUCCCAUUCAAGCGCAACUCCACGUUUUCUCCAUUCAUUUUUCUAUCCUCCAUUGAAAGCUGCUUCUUAGAUCCUUGUAGCUGGGCAGAGAAAGCUUUUAUCGUUGACGUUCACUGUGUAGGAGUAAAGCCCCUGUAUCUGCAUAUUGCUACUCAGCAUUCAGUUAUUAAAUCAUGGACGAUGGAAUUUCAAGCUUUUGGGGUCCUGUGACAUCUACCAUUGAGUGUUGUGAGGAGAACUAUGUUUAUUCAUCUUACAUUGCGGAGUUCUUCAAUACCCUUUCAAAUGUUCCUGGCAUCAUUUGGGCACUUGUAGGUCUUUUAAAUGCCCUGAGGCAACGGUUUGAGAAGAGGUUUAGUUUUCUUCACAUGUCCAACAUGGCACUGGCAUUUGGCAAUAUGCUGUAUCAUGCUACACUGCAACGUGUGCAUCAACAUAGUGACGAAACACCAAUGGUGUGGGAGAUGCUGCUUUAUCUCUACAUACUCUACUCACCAGACUGGCACUAUAAGAGCACAAUGCCAACUUUCAUCUUUUUCUACGGUGCUGCAUUUGGUCUUCUUCAUCAUCUAGUUGGUUUUGAUAUCGGCUUUAAGUUACACUAUAUGUUACUGUGUCUUCUUUGCAUCCCUCGGAUGUACAAAUAUUAUAUCCACACCAGUGAUGUCUGUGCUAAGUGGCUGGCGAAGUUGUACUUGGUGACACUACUGCUGGGUAGCCUUUGUUGGCUUGUGGAUCGUGAGUUCUGCAAGAAAUUUUCUAGCUGGGGUUAUAACCCGCAGGGUCAUGCCUUCUGGCAUGUCUUCAUGGGUUUCAAUUCAUAUCUUGCAAAUACAUUUUUGAUGUUUUGUCGGGCACAGCAAUUAGGAUGGAAUCCGAAAGUUGACCAUUUCAUGGGGUUUCUGCCAUAUGUGAAGAUUGACAAGCCGAAGACCCAGUAAUUCAGUGAAAGCAAGCUUUGGGGAGAAUAGAUUUAUAGUUGUGUGGUUUUGGCUUCUUCGGAGCCAAUACAAUUUUUUUAAUGUAGGCAUUUUCCCUAAGAAUGUAAAUGAUAUUUUUUGAUUUUGUUAAUGUAGAACCCUAGUGCAUGGUCACGUGUACCAUAUUAAGUUGUUCCUCAGUAACCAGCAGUUUUGAAGUUGCUAACUUGUUUCUUUCU